AUGCCGACAGGGUGCGUAUCGACACAGAACCCGGGCACGCCCCGGCAUGGUCAGCGACAGUCUCAUCUUCUGAUGAUCAGCCUCGGUUGGACUGAAUUGGCAGAGAGGGGUAUGGGUCUGAACCCGGGUGAUCUCAGCGGCUCUGCAGGGCACGAGUCAGGGUGUUCGAUAGAAGCGACGGAGUCUUUCUCAAUGUGUGGGGGACAAAAUCUCGGGGGAUCAGCCUCACUACCAGACACGAACCGGGCGCACCACGGCCGCUCUGAUUGGCGCUGGGCGUCGCAACAUCGGUCUGUUCUAUCGCGACAAGCAUUCUGGUGGAACUUGGAGGAGUUCUGCAUCGACAGGUCAAGGGGUGUGAUUGUGUCGAGUCCUGAGCGUCGAUGGCUCUCCCUCAAGCCAGGCCGAAAUGCCAUCGACAAAUAUGUCUUGAGCACUCCGUUCUCAACGAGGCAUGUCCGAGCGGGGAGGCUGAGCUGCAUGACACUAAAUGCCGCUAAAAACAUAACAAGACUGGUCAUCGUUGGCCCUGCUUUGCCCGUAGCCCCAGCGCUGUCGCUGAUUGUCGGUGGAUGCGCCAACUCGCGUGUCUCUCGGGACAACUGGGUCCUCGUCCCACAUACCAACUCGCCAGCCCCAUAA